UUGUGCAGACUAUUCAAAUUGGCCAAUUCAUUAAAAUUUGUCAGUGCGAUAUAUAUUUAAUUUCUGAUUGUACAUAAUUAUUCUUGUAAAACACUGUAUAAACAUGUAUAAAGCAUUUAAAAUCUACGUACAUUUAAUAUUUGGAAGGAAGUGAUCCGCCUGAUUUAAUUUACUACAAUCUUUUCGAUUGUGUUAAAUUUCAAGUAAGAGGUGUUAAAAUGUCAGGAAAUAAGAAACAGAACAAAAUUGAGACACCUAAAGAGCAUGAAGUUGUGAAACAGGAUGAGUCCAUCAUAACUGCAGUUGAAGAGAUGUCAGGAUCUGAAUACAUGGCUAACCAUAUAGAAAAACCCAGAGCGAACAAAGAAACAAGGGAGGAAAAGAUUAUUGCACAGGAAAGUACCGACCAGACGGGCGAUGAAGGAAAGGAUAUUGACGACGAUGGACCCAAGAGUACAACAUCAAAAGAAGAAGGAUCACCUGAAAAAGAACUCAGUUCUUCACCUUCUUUACUUGACAAAGAAGAAUUUGGAAUCUUGGGAGAAUCUAGAGUUGUGAACACUGGUGCUCAGAAUACUCCGAAUCAAGAAGUAGUUACAGUAAAAUUUCUUCUUGAUAAUUCUGAAACAUUUGCCAGUGCCUUUAAAAUAACCUCAAAUAUCCAAGAGGUAAAAGAGCGACUCUCCGACGUUUUGAACAUGAACAUUGACUCAAUAAAGUUGGAGAAAGAUGGGUUUGAUGUAGAUGACUGGCUUCCCUUGCAAGGAUUAGGUGUGGAGCCUUUCGGUUCAUUGGAACUGAGAUUGACUUCGACUCACCCGGGACGAAUGAUAACAGCUGGAAGUGUGAGUGAAUACAUCCCAACUGUGGAUGUGAUCACGGUUCAUGUCUGGCAAGAUGGCGCAUUUAAAGAUGUCAUUGUUGAAAUUGAAAAUCAAAGCUGCCAAAAGGAAUGGUUGGGAGGUUAUCGGAACAAAUUGACAAAACUAGAGUACCAUCAUGCGUCCACACAGACAGCUCCAAGGGAGAGAAAGGUUUUUGACUAUCCAGAACCUGGUGUUAUUAUCCCACUUCUAUUUCACAGAGAUACUCAGACCCCUUUUCCACUGAGAGAAGUAAAAGUCGAUACGUCAGUCGACAAAGCAACACAAUUGUGGCGGAGCGACUUGUACAUACCAGUUGACAGAGAUAAAAUCCUUACGUCAAAACCAUUCCAGUCCUACUCGGAAUGGUUGCUGAUUAAUAAUGUUGAAGAGAAAGUUAUUAAACUUCAGAGAGCGGUGAGGCACUGGCUUCACCGAGUCAGGGUCAACAGGUUAAUGAUCAUUCAAAAAUACCUGUUAGAUGAUGUGAAGCGGCAGAGGAUCCAGAUGAUGAAAGAACAAGCGGAAAAGGAAGAAAAGAUAAUGACUGAUCCCUUUCCCUCCAACCGUGAUGAUUUCUAUAUGCUCUACUUGAUGGUGGGAAAGUGGUGGCAAAAAGAGUGGCAACGGAUUUGUGACAUGAAGACAGAUGAGCCGAAGAAGGCCGAGUUUGUUGCUCUGUUGGAUAAAGAAAUAAAACUACUUUCCGCCAUUGAGAAACACAGGAUUGAAGUCAAACAACAAAUGAUGAAAAAGCAACAAUUAAGGUUUUUGGAGAUGUCAUCGCGACCUUUGACUUUUCGGAAUGCCAGAGGGCAUUUGACAACAAUUGAUGAUCCAGCCACACAGAGAGCAAGAGAAUUCAAAGAGAUCUACAUGAAUCUAGUGCGUAAAGAUGUCUCACCAAAAGACAGAAUCGACUUUCUGCUCACACUGAAGCAACUUAUGUCCAACUAUACUGCAUAUGAGUAUACCAAAGACAUAACAAAACUAAUAGACCGAGAGAUCAACCUGAUCGCAAUUGGGACAAAAGAUUCUGACUUGAAACUACUUCGGAAGAGGAUUGAACAACUCUACAUGGACUUCCUCCACCAGCCCCAGUUCAACCCUAAGGUGGCAUCUUAUAAGAAGCCCAACUGGUCCAAAAAACAUGACGCCCUGUACAAAUGCACCCGCUGUAUGAAGCUUCUUCCAGCCUCACGGUAUCCGGUACACACUAGAAUGAAAGCUUACACUGUCUGUAAAUCCUGUGACUGGUUACAGAACAUCGGUCAUCAAAGGAUUGAUAUGACUCCAUUCACCCGUCUGCUGAAACAAGUUCAGACAUCAGAAAUGCAGAAAAAUUGCUACUCCUCAGUAUGUUUUGUAUUCCAACAAAUUGGAAUGUUCUUCCUGACUAGUGUAAUUUGGCAUGGACACUCAGCAAUAAGUGAGUGCAGAGAUUUGGCGAAAUUAUCACAUGUUAGAUGGAUGCGCGAUGUUGAAUGGGCGCCAUGGAAUACCAUCCUUCUCACAGAGGAGGAAGCAACUUGCCAUCUGAAUAUUGCAAAUGUCAACGAGUUCUAUAACAAGGACUUUAUUGAAGCUGUGAAGCAGAAGCACAUCUUGGCAAGGAUCCACUUCACCCCCUUACUGAAGACAGAUCACCAUCUACGUAGCACUGGAGUAUGGCAGAACAUCACGAACAUAGUCCCUCCCGUCCAGGCUUCUCCGACUCCACUUAAUCCUCAGGUCAUAUUCAAAGAGUGACCACAACUAUGUCUCUUCUUCCUGUUGUUAAAAUAAAUAUAUUUUGUCUUAUGAUUUGAA